AUAAGUUCUAUUAUCUAGUAUACAUUUAAUGGAUAAAUUGGAUCUAUGAAAAUAUCACAUUUACUUGCGCUUCGCUACUUUAUUAGUAUUCAUCGAAUCGGGAAGUUCGAAUUGCAUUCAUUUAAUAUGUAAACACUAUCGAUGUUACUACAGACGUAGUAACAUCAAUUGUAUUCGUCGUUCUUUUUCACACAGUGAAUGAAUUAAAACAUUCGUCUAUAUUCUGCGACGUAGUAGCGAUUCUAAUAUUUCCGGCAGUUUAUAUUCACAAUAGAGCAAAGAUGUAUUCAAUGUUAACAAACGGAUAACAAACGAUAACGUAACGACACGAUAACAAUAUGAUAAAAUUCCUUUUUAUUAAUUACUUAAUUUCAAGGUUAAAAAAUUUUAUGAAUAUAAUCCUAAAAGUUUUCAUAUUAAAGAAUUAGAUCUAAAGUAACAUCAUCCCAGCGGAAAAGUAUUCUUUAUUUAAAAAAAUAUUAUUGCACAUAUCGGACGAUAAUUUUUUUCUAAUAUUAUACAUCAUCGCGUUGAUCCAGUACAACCAAACAAUUAAUUAAAGUAUUAGUCAUCGUAAUCGUUCGGGAAAUAAAUGACUCUGUACCAUUUUUAUAUCAUAAUUCAGCAGGCGAAUCAGCAGUUCACCAAACAUACAGUGCGAAUCACGUCGAGUUUACCCCUUCCAGCAACAAGUGAGUAAGAGAUGCCCUCCGGUCAGGCUGAGAAAUCACUAGCUACCUGCCUCGAUCCUCUGUCAGUAAACGCAAAGAUGUCGUUUAGUAAGGUAGCUUACUGCUUACUUAUUAUUUCCGUAGCUCUGACGAGCGGAAUGCCGCAAAAUCAAGCUACGGAGCCAAAGGAGAAGAGUGGAUUGCUACCGUUUCUUCAAUUUACUAACGGAGGAAUCCGAGUGAAUUUCGGCGGAUAUCAUGCCGAAGCUGGUCUCGGCGGUCUGCUACGAGGCUCAGGAGGUGGACUUCACGCGAGCGUAGGAACUCCGUGGGGUGCACAUGCAGGUGCAGGAUUAGGCGGUCAACUGAGUGGAGAAGACGGUAGUCUUGGCGGCGGUUUAUACGCUCGCGCUGGACUUGGUCAUGGCAGGCCGGAAGCAGCAGCUGGCCUUGGCGGAAGUUUGGAUGGCAGCGGACGAUCGGCGAAUCCAAUUUCAGGUGGCAUGUAUGCAGGUGCAACGCCUGGCGGUGAAGGAGUCGGCGUGUUUCUCGGCGGCGGCAUCGGCAGCCGAGGAGUUGAGAUGGACUAUGGACCCUUCUCUGAUGGAGUUUAUCCCAUAGCAAGAGAAGGUAGUGCGAAUGCUGGCGCGAGUGUGGGUGCUGACGCAACUGAUGGCGCAAGUAGUGGUGCGGAUGCAGCUGCGAGCGGAACAAAACCAUCGAGGGGCCACACCAAUAUACAGAUCAUACGCUCCAAACCAAAAGAUGCGCAGAAAGAGAAGGUGGCGCUUGCGGUUGCUGCGCUACCAGCCGAUAUACCUGCAGACGAAAAGUCUAACAAGACGAAAAGUGCACACGACAAAGAGAUACGACGUGCAGUGGUAUACGCGCCCCCCGCCCCCUCUGCACCUCUUGCACCUCCCUUAGCAGAAGCUGACCUGGUCAAAUCAAUUUAUCUUGGGACCCCACCAAUUCUAAAAUCUGUCGACAAGAACGUGGUUGUAGCUGCUGUACCUGCGGCUGCCGCUCCUGCAGCAGUUGCAGUUCCAGUUAAUGCCAGCACCAACGCAGUAGCAACAGUUGCCAACAAUCCGAAGAUCAUCUCAAGACCUACACAUCCACGUUGGUACUUCAGGAAGAGGUUCUGGUCCGCUCCCAGAAAGGUGUUUUACGCGGCAGCUCCGGCAGCAGUCGAUACCCAAAGCGCUUCUUCAGACGUGGUCGAUAGAGUCUUCGUCAACGCGGCGGGAAACGACGGUGUUGUGGCUGUGGAUAAAGCAUACACCAGCGGAUCUCUAUUCGAUGAUAUCUUUAACAUUCCAAUCUCCACGCUAUCUGCUGUCAACCAGUUGCUGAAAAACAACGUCGGUUGAGACCUCCUGCUGUUCCUACUCGAAAAUUUGUACUUGAAAAUGAUUGCGCAACUCGCUGGAGCCACGUUUCUCAUAGGAACCUUCGAAUAUAUUUUGGCGAACAUCCGUUCGUUGCCCGUAUAUUGCUUAUUCAGCCCCUUCUGAACGUUUAUUCCGUUUGCGUAUACGGAUGCCAGGCACACAUGUUCAUCUUGUGAUUCCUUGUACGUGAUCAGAUUGUAUAUUAACUGCCUCUGUACAAAACAGUAUUUCUUUGUCUAAAUCUGCGAAUAAUAUCUUUCAUUAAAUUAAAUUAAAGUUUUAUAUAU